AUGAUCUCGGAAUUCAAUCCACAUCUGAAUUGGGUGUUUUUCCACUCGACCUAUGACAUUGUAUACUUAAUUAAGAUCCUGACCCAAAAGUCACUUCCAGAUCAGUCAAUUGAAUUUCUGAAAGUGUUGAAGAUGUAUCUGGGAGAACGAUGUUAUGACCUCAAAGAAAUCCUUUCGGCUGAACCUUUCGGGUGGCGGCAUUAUGGGCUUGACCGAAUUGCUUCAAAUUUCAACCUUAAGCGAUUGGCCAGACAGAGUCAUCAAGCAGGGUCCGACAGUUUACUGACUAUGGAUUGUUUCUUUGCUGCAAUGAAGGUCUUAUUUCAUCGUAGAGGGGACAGCUGCUUAAAAUUUGCAUUUCAGGCCUUCAACUACAAGCUUUAUGGUCUUGACAUAGAUGCUACAAUAAUAAGGAAAGUGGAUCCAAUGGAAAAUAGACUGAUGCAUGAGUAUGCUCCGGUGAAUUACCAUCCUCCUCCAUACGCCAUAAGGCCUCCUGUUGGUCUUCAUGUUCCUGUCAUGCCAAUGAGAAGAUUCCAAGUGGACGCACAGUUCAGGUUCCGAUUUUCUUCCUAA